AUGUCCCUCAUAGCCAUCGGCCAACUGACAUCCACCUCCUCCCUCCCCCACAACCUCACCCAAUGCCGCACCCUCAUCGCCCGUGCCGCCUCCCUCAACUGCAAAGCCCUCUUCCUCCCCGAAGCCUCCGAUUACAUUGCCUCCUCCCCCACCGAGUCCCUCUCCCUCUGCCAGCCCACCAACAAAUCCGAGUUCGUCACCGGCCUCCGCGCCGAAGCCAAAAAACACAAACUGGCCAUCCACGUUGGCAUCCACGAGCCAAGUUGGACAGACCCCAAGACCAAGAUCCGCAACACGGUGAUCUGGAUAGAUGAGAACGGCCACAUUGUUCAUACCUAUCAGAAGGUGCACUUGUUUGAUGUUGACCUGGGGGAGAGCGGAGGGCCGGUGUUGAAGGAGAGUGCAGUGGUUGAGGCGGGGGAGAAGGUCGGGGAGGUGUGGGACGUAGAGGGGGUGGGGAGGGUGGGGAGUGCGAUUUGUUUUGAUAUGCGCUUCCCGGAGAUGAGUUUGGCGUUGCGACGAAGGGGCGCAGAGAUCAUCACAUAUCCUUCUGCUUUUACAGUCCCAACAGGAAAGGCACAUUGGGAAGUGCUUUUACGGGCGAGGGCGAUAGAGACACAGUCUUAUGCCGUUGCUGCUGCGCAGGUCGGGAGACAUAAUGAGAAGAGGGUUAGUUACGGGCACAGCAUGAUUGUUGAUCCAUGGGGCAAGAUCGUGGCCGAGAUCAAGGGGCGUGAAGGAGAAGACAAUCCAGAGCCAGAGAUUGCUACUGCUGUGAUUGAUAGGGAGCUGCUGGCCAAGGUGAGGAGGGAAAUGCCGUUGAAUCGGAGGAUGUGGGUAUUUUCCUUGCCUUGUGUCACGGUGGAAGUCGCUGACGCUGUGCAGAGAUGUUUAUCCAGAGAUUUGAUAUCAACGUCGGUGAAUGAGAAGCACAAAUGA